CAAGAACCGCUCAAAAACCCCCCACCUCUCUCUCUCUCUCUCUCUCUCUCUCUGUGAUAAAUACUUGGUUCAAUUUCUCAGGCUAUUUACAGGAACAUGGACGACCAACGCAAUCCUCUUCUUAGCUGGGCUUACUACUACCAAGGAAAGACAAUGGAAGAGCUCAGAACUUCUCUUUUGUACACUACUCUGGAACUUGAGCAAACAAGGUUGGCAGCUCAAGAGGAGCUUAGAAAGAGAGAUGAUCAGUUACUUCAUCUCAAAGAUCUGCUUAGCAAAGCCAUCAGAGAAAGAGACGAAGCACAAGAGAAAUGCCAAAGACUCCUCCUCGAGAAGAUCUUAUUCCAGCAACAGCAUCAACAAACUGCUCCUCUUUCAGGAAUUUCCAGCAUUGAAGACGAACCCAGAAGAGGAAUCGACUCCAACAAUGGCUUCUCAUCCUCAGACUGUGAGGAGAGCAUUGUUUCAUCUCCAAUUGUUGACCCAAUUCCACCUUCCAGAUUGCCUCCACCACCAGCAACCCAAUCUGUGCCACAAACAACAAUAGAGCUAGCCCCUGAGAAGCCAUUACCUGAGAAGGGUAAGCUUUUACAGGCAGUGAUGAAAGCAGGUCCACUCCUUCAAACUCUUCUUCUGGCUGGACCUCUUCCUCAAUGGAGGCACCCACCUCCACCACUUGAGUCCUUUGAGAUUCCUCCUGUAACCAUUCCUUCACCACCGCCACAACCAGAGUUCCGCCAAGACUCGUUGACUAACAUUAUCAGUUGCAACACCCCCACCAGCUGUGGCAUCAAUAGAAAAAGGGUUCUGUGUGAAGGCUCUGAUUCUCCUACAGAGACGAAGUACCCAAGGCUUAUAAUCCAAUGACAACCACUUCAAAGUAAUUAAUCCCCAUAUUUUUCAUUACGAUUAUAAGUUAAUUACUACUACAGGGUAGUGAGGAUUUAAUUGCAAGUUGGUUAUGUAACCGAUCUGGCAUUUGUACAGAGGUUUGUUCUAGAAAACAAGUUAUCCAGAGUUUUAACUCACUGAUAGAAGAAAAAGAGCCUGCUCUAGGCUGCUUUCAGCUGGUGCUUUGAGUUUGGGUGGAGAUUUUGUCUAUUUUUUUCUUCACAUUUUAGAUUUGCCCCAAAGAUGUAAUAGGGGGUUUGAUUUCUCUUAGCCUUGUUGCGUGAUGUAAACUGGUAACUUUGAUAUUAGCUCAGAGUGCGCGCGCGCGCGUGCGUGUGUGGCAGGAAGCGUGGGAUGGAUUGCAUUUCGUCAAAAAUUAAGAUGAUGGGUGUGGAGUUGUUAGGGUUGGGAGCGGGAGGGGGGGGAUAGAUAUGUCCAACAACCAGAAGCUCUUAGAGCCCUGCUUGUCGGGUUGAGUGGAUCCCACAAAUCAGAAUCAGGAUCUACUGCUGGUGUGAUGUAUGAUUAUAUUAAUGUAAGUAUGAUUAUUGAUGUCUAAUCUCGUUUCU